AUGAUCAUGGGCGAUGGGAAGACCACGGUCAUCGCCCCGCUGCUGUCGCUGCUGCUGGCGGACGGCAAGACGCUGGUCGUGUCGUGCGUGCCCGCCGCGCUGCUGGACAUGUCGCGGUCGGUGAUGAUCGAGCGCUUUUCGUCGCCGGUGAUGCCGAAGCCGGUCAUCACGCUGUCCUUCACCCGCCUCUCGCCCGCGAGCAAGGACUUCCAGAGAAGGCUGGAGGCGGCCGUGCAGAGCCGCGCCGUGGUGGUGGCGACGCCGACGUCGCUGAAAAGCGUCCUGCUCAAGAUGGUGGAGCUCGUCAUCCAGCUGGACGCCUCUCGGCAGAGUCGGCAGGCGGAGUCGACCGGCACUGGCGCCUGGUUCGGGUGGAUGACCGGCGGGAGCCGGACGCACCGCCAGGAGCAGCUCAGCCCCGAGGAGGAGGUGGCCAAGAUGGAGGAGACCCACACCUGCGGACAGGUGCUGCGCAUGUUCCACGAGGGCGCCGUGCUUCUUGAUGAGGUCGACCUGCUCUUGGACCCGCUGCGCAGCGAGCUGAACUGGCCAAUGGGCCGCAAGAGACCCCUCGACCUCACAGAUGGCGGCGACGGCCCCAAGGCACACCUGCGGCAGGGUCUGCGCAACCGGCUGCCCUUCCACCUCUUCGACGGCGUGUUCGCCGCGUCCGGGCAGCCGAUGGCCGUGCCGUACUCCGACCGCAGUGAGGCCAAGGCCACGCUCAAGGAGCUCGCCCAGGUCAUCGUGCGGGGCAAGCAGGAGUUGAAGAUACAGUCCAUACCGCACGUGGUGAUACUGUCGCAGGAGUUCUACAGGACGCACAUGUUGGGCCACCUGGCCGAUUGGCUGUGCCUCCUCCUCGAGGCGCACCUCGAGGGCUGCCUGAACGUGACCGAGCUCAAGGCCUUCCUGCGGAAGCCCGAGGAGCCCGACGACGCGGCCGCCCAGAAGCUGAGGCGGGCCCCAGACCUCAUGGUGAAGCUGCUCAAUCUUGCGGUCGACUGGCUGCACAGGCUGCUGCCGCACAUACUGAGCAAGGUGCACCGCGUCUCGUACGGCCUCCUCGGCCCCGAGCACAUCAGCGCGACCACCCCGAAGUCGCGGAUCCUCUUGGCCGUGCCUUUCGUCGGCAAGGACCGGCCCAGCGACCAGGCGGAGUUCUCGCACCCCGACGUGGCGACUGGCUUCACCAUCAUGGCCUACCGGAUCUCGGGGAUGAGGCUGGCCGACUUGAGGAUCUGCCUGAGCGUGUUGCAGGGGGAGAUGCGCCAGGAGGCGUCCGUGCGGCACCACCGCCGCGCGGCCUGCCUGGCCUACGUGUCCAUGGCGACGAGGGCGGGCAGCGAGGUCCGUGGUUUCACGCGCGACGGCCGCUGGAUCGAGGACCUGUCGGAGGCCGAGAGGUGGCAGGGCAGGCGGCCGUCGAGAGGUCUCGCCGUCGGCCCCGGCUCGCCGUUGGACGAGCGCCGGGCCAGCGCCGGCUCGACGGAGGGCGGCGCCGCGGCGCACGCCGGGCGGCCGUCGGUGGACGCGACGGAGGGCGCAGGCGAGAUCGAAAGCCUCUGGCCCCUUGAGCUGGUGGACCUCCAGGACCCCGAGCAGGUGCAGACGAUCUACAGGGUGCUGCACCACGAGCCCCUCGCCAUACAGUUCUUUCUGGACCACCACGUCUUCCUGCCCCACACGGGCACGCUGGACGUCCACGAGUUUCAGCUGACGGCCUGCGGCCAGGAGCUCGCAGGCAAGCAGCUGGGCGGCAUGUGCCUCGGCUUCAGCGGCACGCCGAACGACCUGCUGCCGCGCUCCAUGGGCGAGUGCGUCUACACCGCCGGCGUGGACGCGCAGGUGCUGGGCUGCCUUAGCAGUCCCGACGUGGUCUCCGUGUGCACCAUGAGCUCCUGGACGCCCACAGGCAUCUUGGAUUACAUCGCGCAGGCCAGGGCAGACAACGGUCGCAGCCCGAAGUACCACGCCCUUAUCGACGUGGGAGCGCUGAUCACAGGCAUGUCGAACCUGGAGGCGGCUGGCUACCUGCUGCGCUCGGGGUUGCAGGGGCUCGAGGGGGUGGUCUUCCUCAACAGCGCUGGCGAGCGCAUGGUGCUUGUGAGAGACGGGUUCAAGGUCAUCGACCUGGCGCAAUGCGGCCUCGCCAACCACCAGCGGUUCACCUUCUACGACCACGUGCACACCACAGGGAUGGACAUUAAGCAGCCGCUCGCGUGCACGGCGUGCUUGACCUUCAGCAAGGAUACUUCUUUGCGGGACUACUCGCAGGGUGCCUACCGCAUGCGCGGCAUCGGAAGGGGGCAGCGCAUCGAGUUGCUGCUGAUCCCUGAGGUGGUGUCCUUGAUGCACAAGGCGCUCGGGAGCGCCGAGGGCGUCGCGCCGUCCGACCGAGCGGCGCAGGUGGAGGCCCUGCGCGCGGGCGACGACCCGCAGCCCCGCGGCUGGGUGCUGCGGGUGCUCGUCGACGUCGUCGCCUGGGUGCAGCUGAACGGCAUGAGGAUGGAGGCGAAGCGGCACGUGCUGCUGUGCCAGCAGAACUUGCGCAACCUCUGGCGAUCCUCUGCCAGCGACUGGCUGGAGGACGCGCCCGCGGACGAGGCCGAGUUCCGCUGCUGGCUGGCGGACGAGUCCACGGGCGCUCCCCCGCCCGUACAGGACCUCCCGCAUUUCAUGUGCGCGCCGCCGGCAAACGCACUGCCAGCCAGGACGGUCUGCCGCAAGCUCAUUGGGCGCCGCGAAGUGCAGAUUAUCCCGCGGAUGCGCAGGGUUCUCGCCAUGACAGAGCGGGUGGCGUCGGGCAGCGCCGCGGGGUACGCGAGGCUCAUCAAGGAGGCGCACGGCCGCCCCGUCUCGCGCGGCGGGCUGGUGGCGGCGGACGUCCCCACGGGCCACGUCAGCCGCCACCGCUGGGCGCUCGGGUCGCUGGACCGGGAGUGGGCCGCCGACGGGCCGGAGCCGCACGCGCCCAGCCUGCUGGAGACGCCGUGCGCGCUGGCGUGGUGCCCCGGCCUCGGCGCCGAGGACUACCCCGGCGCCUCCGCCGAGGAGUGCCCCGCGCACCAGCCAGACCUGUGCGACAGCCGCACGCUGCUGGGGAAGGUGCUCCAGCAGGACCCCUACCUCGUCGACCGCCUGAGGGACCGGCGCACCAGCCGCGGCGUGGGCCUCGCCAGGUGCAUCAAGCCCGGCCUGGACCACCGGGCCUCUGCGAUCGCCGGCGCCGUGGCCGGGGACGCGGAGUGCUACAGGACCUUCAGGGAGCUCUUCGACCCCCUGGUCGGCAUGUGCCACCCCGCCGCUGCCGCCGCUGCGGCGCCAGAGGCCGAGGCGCCGGCUCCCGCGGACCACAUCUUCAGGCUGCCCAUCGACCCGCGCGGCUCCCACGCGCUGUCCGUGCGGGUGGAGGCCAGCCGCAACCUGGAGCACUUCCGCUUCCCGACCGCCUGCGACCGCGCGGAGCGGAUCGAGGUGGAGCGCAUCUUGGUGAGGGCGCUGUCGCACCUGUCCGACGCGGACCUGAGGGGCCAGUACUACCCCCUCCGGGGGUCCGGCUCCCACGCGCCGUCGCCGGGCGGCAUGUCGCCGGAGGACGAGAGCAGCUUGGCCGAGCGGGGCCUCCUUUUCAAGGCUCCCGAGAGCCCGGAGCGCCUCUCGAGCGGCGUGGGGCGCCAUUGGCCCGAGGCGCGCGGGGCCUUCGUGGCGGACUCCGGGCAGUUGGUGGCGUGGUGCAACGAGGAGGACCACCUGAAGGUGGUGUCUCUCCAGCAAGGCGGCGACCUCCGCGCGGCCUACGGCCGCUUCGCCUGCGCCGUGGGCCACCUGGACGGGCAGUGGAAGUCGGGGUACAGGUUCGCCAGGAGCGCCAAGUUCGGGUACCUCACGGCCUGCCCGUGCAGCCUGGGCGUGCGCGGGUCCGUCGUGCUGCGGCUGCCCCUGCUGGCCUCGCGCCCGGGGUUCGGAGAGCUGUGCGCGCGGGUGGCGCUGCAGGCGCGCUGGGGGCAGGGGCCGUAUGGCGUGGUCGAGCUCUCCAGCCCCAACCAGCUGGCGCCGGACAUCGACAACAUGAACUCGCUGAUCGUGGGGUGCUCCCGGCUGGUGCGGCUGGAGGAGGCUCUGGAGUCCGGCGCCGAUGCGCCCAGGGCCCCCCUCGUGUACGCCAUGCUGCCCGGCCUGGGCCUCGCGGAGCCCCCCGGCUUUCCCACUGGGCAGGCUCCCGAGGCCAUGCCGGACCUCUCGGAGAACGCCACGAUGGUGGCCAGCGUCUUGACGAAGGCCCCGGGUCUGUGGAGCAAGCUGAAGGGCCUCCGCACUGGCCGGGGCAUGACAUUCGCGAAGUGCAUCAAGCCCGGCAUGGACUGCCCGCAGCUGAAGAUCAUGGGCGUCUGCGCCGGCGACGAGGAGUCGUACGACACCUUCGCGGACAUCAUCGGGAAGGUCAUGGAGCUGCGCCAUGCGGCGUUCACUCUCGGCCGCGCCCAGCCCAGCAGGGUGCUCCACUCCAGGGUGUCCGACGCCCAGGUGGACCCCGGGGGCGGGCACGCCGUCUCCGUGCGGGUGCAGGUGUCCCGCAACCUGAGCUGGUUCCGCUUCCCCACGUUGUGCAGCGCGGUCGAGCGCCACGAGGUGGAGCGGCUGCUGGUCCAAGCGCUGGGGCGCCUUCAGGACUUCGAGGCGCGCGGCGAGUACUUUCCACUGCCGCACAGCCACACGCAGCACACCCGGCCUGACGGCAUGAGCGCCGAGGAGGCCCAGGAGCUCCGCUCCUGCGCCGUGCUCCUCGCGGCGCCCAGUGCCCCGCACGUGCUGGCCGCGGGCAGCGGGCGCCAGUGGCCCGAGGCCCGUGGGGUGUUCGCGGCGGCCUCCCGCCGCCUGGCCGCAUGGGUGAACGGCGAGGACUGGACCACCUGCUGCUGA